AAAACCUCGUCUUCAGGGGAGCAGACAACGCCAGCAUGGACCGUCGACGCGGAAAGGCUACACCGGCAGCUCCGAAGGCGGGAGCCGCGGUACCCAAGGCUUCCGCGCGGAGUUCGAGGGGGUCCCCGACGGAAGCCAGUGAGCCUCCAGCUGCCCCCAAGGUUGCCCAGCCCCGCGCCGGGAGGUGCGGCGCCGGCGGGGAGUCAGGAGCCAGGCGGAAGCAGAGCGCCCCGACGGAAGCCAGUGAGCCUCCAGCGGCUCCCAAGGCCGCCCAGAUCCGCGCGGGGAGGUGCGGCGCGGGUGGGGAGUCAGGAGCCCGGCGGAAGCAGAGCGCCCCGGAGUCCCGGGAGAUGCUGGCGGCCCGCGCCGAGAAGGCGGCUCCGAGCGCCGAGGAGCUGGAGGGGCGAGGGGCGGCGGCGGCAGAGGUGGAUUCGUCCAUGUCCCCAGGGACGACCCCCCGCAGGGCUGCAUCCCUCCGUGAAGGGGGCGCGCGCCGCACCCGGGAGCGGAGAUCCCCGCUGGGAUCUGCGAAGGAUCCUAGCUGCAGCCUGGCACUGUCCGCGGCGAGUGCCGGCGGCCCGAAAGCGGCGCCCGGGGCUUGGAAGCUGCGGGGUGUGCUGGACCAGUUGAGGUUGAGGGCUCCAGACAUAUCCGCAGCGGCUUAUGUGGUGAACCGGGUGGUGAAACACCUGCUGGAUAGCCUGCGGAGGGGCGAGUCCGAGUUCAAAGGCGUAGCGCUGCUGGGCACCGGGAGCUACUACGAGCACGUGAAGAUUUCUGCACCCAAUGAAUUUGAUGUCAUGUUUAAAUUGGAAGUCCCCAGAAUUGAACUAGAAGAAUAUGGUAACAGUGGUACGCAUUACUUCGUGAAGUUCAAAAGAAAUCCAAAAGAAAAUCCUCUGAAUCCGUUUUUAGAAAAGGAAAAGUUAUCAGCUUCUAAGAUGCUAUUAAAAUUUAGGACAAUUAUUAAGGAAGAAAUCAAAAAUAUUAAAGAUGCAGAUGUCACUAUGGAGAGGAAGAAAAGAGGGAGCCCUGCUGUAACCCUUCUCUGCAGCGAACCUGAAGAAAUAUCUGUGGAUAUAAUCCUGGCUUUGGAAUCAAGAAGUAGCUGGCCUGCUGGAACCCAGGAAGGCAUGCCCAUCAAGGAUUGGCUUGGAGCAAAAGUCAGGACCAAACUAAGACAACAGCCAUUUUACCUGGUACCCAAGCCUGCAAAGGAAGGAAAUGGUUUUCAAGAAGAAACAUGGCGGUUAUCCUUCUCUCAUAUUGAAAAAGCCAUUUUGAAUAAUCAUGGACAUACCAAAACAUGCUGUGAAGACGGCGGAGUGAAAUGCUGCAGGAAAGAUUGCUUAAAACUAAUGAAAUACCUUUUAGAACAGCUGAAAAAAAAGUAUGAGACCCGAAAAGUACUGGAUAAAUUCUGUUCCUACCACAUGAAAACUGCCUUCUUCCAUGUUUGUACCCAGAACCCUGAUGACAGUCAGUGGUGCCCCCAAAAGCUGCAGUUGUGCUUUGACAAUUGUGUGUUGUACUUCCUCCAGUGCCUCAGGAACGAACAACUCAAGCAUUAUUUUAUUCCUGAAGUCAACCUCUUCUCUCAAGAGCAAAUUGACAAAAAAAGUAUAGAAUUUCUGUCAAAGCAAAUUGAAUCUGAAAUAAAUAAUAGAUUUCCAGUUUUUGGUGAAUAUUGA